UCAGGGGUGAUAGUCAGUUUUGUAGUCAAAAAGCAGCCAUCUACUCAUUAAAUUUUACAGCAAACCCACCUCAAAGGGUGUUUAAGCUUGUUGACCAGAUCAAUCCAUCUAUUUUCUGCAUUCAUAUUACAAACUAAGUACCUGAUGAAAAUAAUUUUGAUGAAUUGAUGAAAACAUCUAGUGGUUUUUCAUUGAAUGCAGAAUCAGAUGUUUCUUUUACACCCAAAUUGGAUACUCCAAAGACUGCCAAAUAUGAGUAUGGGGUUCCCCUGCAGACUUCAGAUUCGUUUUUGAGAUUUCCUUCUCCCCUCACAUCAUCUCUGUGCACUGAUAAUAACCCUGCAGCAUUUCUGGUGAACCAAGCUGUUGGCUGCACCAGAAGAAUAAAUGUGGAGCAGUGUGAAGCAGCUGAAGCCCUCAGCAUGGCUCAUUACAGCAGCCCUAAAAUUUUGAGGGUGCCUGGUUCAACAACAAAGGUCCCAAUUACUGUACGGUCCAUCACUGUCAGAUCUCUAAAUAAAACACUAACCCGGCUGCAAGACACUGCCAAAUUGAGGCAGGCUCUUGUUGGGGCCGGGGACAUUGCAAUCUGCAUUAACGUCGUUCUUGAGGUGAAGUACAGCCUCACAUACACAGACGCAGGUGAAGUAACAAAAGCCGACCUCUCGCUCCUUCUGGGGACUGUUAACAGUGCAGUGCUUCCGCUCCAUCAAAAGUUUGAAAUUAGUUUUAUUCAGCAAGGUACAAAGCCAGUUCCUCUCAGUGGAAAUCCUGGUUAUGUUGUGGGACUCCCAUUAGCUGCUGGAUUUCAGCCUCGGAGAGGGUCCGGGAUUAUUCAGACCAGGAAUAGAUACGGACAAUUAACUAUUCUUCGUAGUAUAGCUGAGCAAGACUGCUUUGCAGGGAUCCGGACCCCAGUAUUAUUUGGUUACAAUAUGCAGUCUGGCUGUAAACUAAGACUGACCAGAGCUAUCACAUGUCCGCUUGUAAUGCAGAAGGUGAAGGGCUUGCUGAAGGGCCAGGGCUUCCCAGAUUAUGUGGCCUCUUUUGGAAAUUCCAGGGCUCAGGAUGUGCUGGACUGGGUGCCUGUCCACUUUGUCACCCAGAUAUCCCACGUGAAGGAUUCUUGCCAACUCCCAGUGGCUUUGGUUAUAGAAGUGAAGUGGACAAAAUACGGAUCCUUAUUGAAUCCACAGGCUAAAAUAGUAAAUGUAACUGCAAAUCUAAUUUCAUCCUUAUUUCCUGAGACCAACUCAGGAAAUGAGAGGAUGAUUCUUAUUUCCACCACGGUCACAUUUGUGGAUGUAUCUGCACCUGCAGAGGCAGGCUUCCGACCAACCAUCAAUGCCAAGCUUCCCUUUAAUUUCUUCUUCCCAUUUGUCUGAUGUAAGUUGUUAAUUAAGGAAGCUAUGCCACUGUGUGAGGCCUGGGGUUGCUCAGAGACAUCCUGUUUUAUUAUACUUGUAGCCCUUGAGGUUGCCUCCAAACCAUCACACCUCCCCUUUCCACUCGCUUCCCUCUUUUGGAAAUUUUAUUCCUCUUGGUUUGGCUUUAGAACGGGGCACCAUCUGGUCUUGGUUAUUUCCAGUACUCUCAGCACAUAGGUCAUAUCUGGAAACCAAAUCACACCUCUGGGAACCUGGUAAAGAGAACAGACCGUGAAGUGGUGCAGGCUUUGAGGGCUAAUCCAAUUUAUUCAUCCCACUGCUUUGAUGCGAGUUAUUUUAAAAAUUAUUCAUUGUUUGUAGUUCAGGUUUUCUUUCCUUUUCAGGCCCUGUUGAAGAGAGUAUAAAAAUAGCAGUGUAUUGUAUAAGAUCGUGCAAGUAGAGUACAGGGCUCAGGAGGGGAUCUUCCCCCAAUGUCAUGUUAAUUAUGUGGAGUCUUGGGUCUAAUUGCCAUUUCUGUACCAGGCACUGUAGCUAGCUAGCUUUCCAACUGGUGGAUUGGUAUGGGAUGCCACAGAGCAGUUCCAAGCAGUUGAAGCCGGAAAGAAUAUAGUAGGAGGGCCCGAGGAAGGAGAGAGUUUAUUUUACACAUUAAUUGUACAGUAAUUGAGAAAAAUGUUGUCAGGUGGCAGAACUAGGUGGAGCCAGCUAGGAGCUGGGUGGUGCAGAGGUGGGGGCUGGGUACCCGAGAACCACUUCCCUAGGGGGGAACUGCAAUAAGAGAGAGUGGUUAGAACAGCUUGGAAAUCUAAAAGACUUUUCUAGAAUGGGCUGGUUGAUAGCUCAAGGAGCUUUCUCUCUUUUGUCUUCCAGAGUGCUCAUAUGAAAGGAUGUACUGAUUCCUCAAUAUACAUAUGAAAUGUGAAAACUGUACAUGUGAUGAGUUUAAAUUUUAUAUACAACUAGUAAUUGUCCAGCUUUGUUGUUCAUCUUCAAGGAAGAAUAAAGUGUUCAAUGUGAGAAAA